UAUUCUAUUACUUUGCUUUUGAGCAUGUUACUACCCUUAAUGCAAUACAAUUUAUAAGACCCCUAUCCCCUGCCCCAAAGCACAUAUGGACCUGUAUUAGCCCUAAAAAAGAAAGAAAAAGGAAAACCCUUCUAAUUCUUUCCUCUUCCUUUUGCAUUAUAAUCCACAUUUUCCUAGUAUCAAAGAAAUGGCCCAUGCUGCGAUGAAACAUUUUUCCACUCUGCUUUUGGUCUUGAAUUUCUGCAUGUAUCUGGUAGCUCUGGGUAUUUGUGCCUGGGCUGUCAAUAUAGCAAUUGAUUAUUAUGCCUUUGACGUCAUCAUAGAACCUGGGUCUGAUUUCCCGCCACAUUUGUCACCCUUGUACUUCCCAAUGGGAAAUGCUGCGACCGGACUGUUUGUAGUAUUUGCCUUGAUUGCUGGAGCUGUUGGUGCUGGAUCAGCAUUUGCUGGGUUUAACCACAUUCGUCACUGGAAUGCCGAUAGCUUGCAACCUGCAGCAUCAGUUGCUGCUAUUGCUUGGAUUCUCACACUUCUUGCAAUGGGCUUUGGCUGCAAAGAGAUUGAACUUCGCACCAUGAGGAAUGGCUGUCUGAAAACCUUGGAAUCAUUCAUGAUCAUCCUUGGAGCUACACAGCUUAUGUACAUGGGAGCCAUUCAUGGUGCCUCAUCUAUCAGGGGACCUUCACUGCUUGAAGGUUGAGUAGUCACAAGCAGGAUGAUUAAGUCAUAUUGUUGUGGUGUGUCUCCAAGAUUUUCAUUUUUCUGUUCAUUUGUUCUUAAUCCCACUCUACUCUCUAUUGAGUAGGAAUUGAUGUAUUCUGGUGUGUGAUUUCCUUUGGAUUUAUGUUGAUCAUUUUAACAAAAUGCAACAGCAUUAUCCAAUCUCUUUAUAGUCAGUAGUACUGCUUAAAAAUAAGCUUAGAAACUUUUUCAAGGAGAGUUGGUCUUGAACCAAACCAAGAUAUAUACUGUUUUUAGACUUUAAA